AUGAUUGAAUCAAAACUGCUCUUCAAACUUGCUGCACCUGCGGUUAUCGUGUACAUGAUAAACUACCUUAUGUCCAUGUCCACUCAAAUCUUCUCCGGCCACCUAGGAAACCUAGAACUCGCUGCAGCUUCUCUUGGUAACACUGGGAUCCAGAUCUUCGCCUACGGUCUAAUGCUAGGAAUGGGUAGUGCGGUAGAAACGUUAUGUGGUCAAGCGUUUGGAGGUGGAAAAUACGAGAUGCUUGGCGUUUAUCUCCAAAGAUCCACCGUGUUGCUCACUCUCACCGGCGUUCUCCUAACGUUAAUCUACGUUUUCUCCAAACCCAUUUUGCUUUUCCUCGGAGAGUCACCGGAAAUAGCUUCCGCCGCAUCUAUCUUUGUCUACGGCCUAAUACCUCAAAUCUUUGCCUACGCCGUGAACUUCCCGAUCCAAAAGUUCCUACAGGCCCAAAGCAUCGUUGCUCCGAGUGCUUACAUCUCAACAGCCACUCUCUUUGUUCACCUUCUCUUAAGCUGGCUUGCUAUAUACAAGCUUGGCAUGGGGCUUCUUGGAGCGUCGCUCGUGCUCAGCCUCUCGUGGUGGAUUAUAGUGGUGGCUCAGUUUGUUUAUAUAGUGACGAGUGAACGGUGUCGUGAGACGUGGAGAGGGUUUAGUGUUCAGGCGUUCUCGGGGUUACCGAGUUUUUUUAAACUCUCCGCCGCCUCAGCCGUGAUGCUCUGCCUUGAGACUUGGUAUUUUCAGAUUCUCGUUCUCCUCGCCGGACUUCUCGAGAAUCCGGAGCUUGCUCUUGAUUCUCUAUCCAUUUGCAUGACGAUUUCAGGAUGGGUGUUCAUGAUAUCUGUUGGAUUUAAUGCUGCGAUAAGUGUAAGAGUGAGCAACGAACUUGGAGCGGGAAACCCUAAAUCAGCAUCGUUUUCGGUUAUCAUCGUCAACAUUUAUUCGUUAAUCACAUGUGUGAUCUUAGCUAUUGUGAUUCUGGCGUUCCGUGAUGUCUUGAGCUAUGCUUUCACCGAGGGUGAAGAAGUAUCUGCCGCAGUUUCUGAUCUUUGUCCGCUUCUUGCCUUAACGCUUGUCCUAAAUGGAAUCCAACCCGUCCUUUCCGGUGUGGCGGUUGGAUGCGGUUGGCAAACGUUUGUGGCGAAAGUUAACGUUGGAUGUUACUACAUUAUCGGAAUUCCUCUUGGGGCUCUCUUUGGGUUUUACUUUAAGUUCGAUGCCAAGGGUAUAUGGACGGGAAUGAUAUGUGGAACUCUUAUACAAACGGUUAUUUUAGCAUGGGUAACGUUUCGAACAGACUGGACAAAAGAAGUGGAAGAGGCUUCUAAAAGGUUGGACAAAUGGAGCAACAAGAAACUAGAAGUCGUUCCCGAAUGAAACGAUGGGAUUCAUCGUUUUAAAUUUAAAAACCGGUUCAAAUGCUCAAGUUAACCGGUGAGCUGGUACAAUAGGACAUGGAUAUUAUCGGCCUCUAUAAUUCGAUCUAAGCUUUCAUUAAUUUAUGUGCUUGCUUAAAACAAAUAACAAUUAGCUGAUGUAUCUUGUAUGUCAAACUAAAUUAUUAAUUACUUGAACAUUAUUG